AUGAGGGAAAGAAAGAAGCAAGUUAACUGGUCGGAGCUUUGUCCGGAUCUGCUGCGAUGUGUCUUGGAACGUCUGAGUUUCACAGAUCUUAAUAGAGCUAAAUCAGUUUGUUCGUCUUGGCACUCUGCUUCGAGAGGCUGCGUCCCUAAACGAAACCAGAUUCCAUGGCUGAUUCUCUUCCCUUGCGACAACAACAACAACAACAACAAUGGUAGUUGCGUGUUGUUCAUUCCAGACGAUAGAGAAAGAGUUUACAGAACGAGAGAUCUCGGUGUUGACUUUGUGCGGAGUUGUUGUCUGGCCACUUAUGGCAGCUGGCUCUUGAUGAUGGACCCUAUGUGGAACCUCAACAUUCUAAAUCCCUUGACUGGUGAGAGGAUUGAUCUACCACUUUCAGAGCCUGUGGUGCCUGAAAUUGCUAGACCAAGCUUGAAAACAGCAAGCAGCCUUGCAUGUCUUUGGGUAGAUGAGAAAAGCAAAGAUUACCUAGUGGUGUGGUCGAUGAGUCAGACGUUUAUGGUCUAUACAAAGAAAGGAAAUAACACGUGGCGACGGAUGAUCACUAACAUGGAAUGGUCUAAAUCGGAUAAACACAUGGUCUACAACCACAGAGCUCAAAAGCUCUACGUCUAUCGUAACGCUGAAGCUGUUCGUAUCUGGUCUUUCCGUGAAGAUCAUCCACAAAGAGUUUUUGAAGCCAAGUAUUAUUACGGAAUUGGCAUCAAUUAUAGUGAUUUCCUCCCUCUUUGGACGCAAGAGAACAUGUUAAAGUGGAGAGAAGAAGAGGAUGCCUAUUUACGAGAGUUUGUUGACGACGGCUGGGUCAACAUUGCAACCACGGUAUCGGGACAAGUUAUCAAGGUAUCUAGCGUAAUGCAGCGAUCCAAAAGAUGGCUCUUUAGCAUUUCCAAGCCGCAAGGUCGUACCAACCGGUGGGGUAGAACGAAUUCCUUGGGCGAUGAGGCACUAAUCUUUGACAUGGGUAUCACUGUUGUGGCCAAAGACAUCCCAGGGGUCAUGAGAAACUCAAUCUACUUCAGUGGGGUGGGUUAUGGCAGAAAGAAUCCAGAUCAUAUAUUUGUCUUCAAUCUCACAACCAACAAGGUCGAACCUUUGCCUCCAUGUGUUUUCUCAUCCAUUCCCUUCUCUGAUGCUCGAUGGUUCUUCCCGGGUUUAAGUGAUUGA